GUGCAAUAUAUUAGUUUACCUUCAGUCUAAGCUGUCAAAAUGCUGCAACUGAAUCACCAAGUGCUCCUCCCCCUGCUCCUGAUCCUCCUGUUAACAGGCUGUAGUUGGGCCAUUGUCUGCUAUCAUUGCGAUUCAAUUGCUUUGCCGGAAUGUUCCCAGACCCUGGGGGAGGUGGGCGUUCUGCCCUACGUGGAGUGUCCCACUGAGCUGACGUGUGCCAUGUCCAUAGUGGACUCCAUUACCUAUCGCGGCUGUGGAGCGGUUACCCCCACUACCGGUGCCACCUACUCCAAAAGCUGCUCCUCCAAUCUCUGUAAUGCCGGAGUCUAUCCGCCCGGUCGCCUCAAGUGCCAUCACUGCGCUGGUGAGGAUUGUGUGGCUGCUCGGGGAGCGAAGCCCAAACCCUGUCGCUAUCACUUGGAAGAGGAUCAAUGCUAUACGGAUGUCAUAAGCUCCUCGGAAGCCUACAGGGGCUGUGUCUCCGAGCAGAAUCACACGCUCUCCAGUGUCGCCGUUCUCUGCGAUAUUAAUGGCUGCAACGAGGAGCCGGGAGCAAGAAUGCAAAUCUGCGCCAGCUGCGACUCUGCUACCGGUAGGGGCUGCAAGAUGGAUCUCUUUCAGGUGAACAGCGGCAAGUGCAAUGUGAGCUUGUACGAGGAGUGCCAGCAGGAGGUGCUCCUGGGUGAACCCGAGGACAAGUACUGUUUCAGCUACCGGAAGCUAAGCCGAGUGGUCAGGGGCUGCUCCACGCAGAUACCAGCAGAUCUGGAGCCUCAUUUGGAUGAGCUGGAAAAGUGCCGGAGCAGCGAGAGCAACUGCAAUGCCGGUUGCAUUCCGCAGCAAAAGUGCCUGACCUGCGAUACCCUAAAUCAAGAGCUAUGCCGGACGAAUGUGAGUGCCAUAAGCAGCAGUACUUGUGGCUCCGCCGAGGCCUCCGACUGCUUCGUCUGUGAGUACUCCGACUGGAGCCUGCAAAGAGGAUGUGGAGCAGCGCCCAAUAAUCCCGGCAUAGCCCGCUGUUACGAGUGCGACGAGCAAGGCGGAUGCAACAACAAGACCUUCACGCGCUGCUAUCGCUGCAGCACGGACGAGGCGGGAGCUGGUUGCGCCAAUUGGGAGCGACCGGGUAGCAUCUACAUCGAGGAGUGUGGCGACAUAGCUGCCCCUUGCCUGGCACUCUCCUACAGCAAUGGCACCACCGAGAGAGGCUGCCAGCGCAAGGAUUUGACCUGCUCCUCCUCCCAAGUGGCCAACUGUCGCUCCUGUGAGGGCAGUUUCUGCAACAAAGGUGCCUUUCCGGAGGAGCGUCUGUGGUGUCAUCAGUGCAAUGGAACUGGAAACCAUGAUUGCGAGGAGAUCGAUAGGGGACAAACGGCCCUGCCUUGCGCUGUGCACGCCAACGAGCCAGAGGAUCAAGCCAUGGCCUGCUUGGAGUACUUUGACACGCACAGCCAGCAGAUUGUCCGCGGAUGUCGCUCCAAUCCGGAUCUGUACUACGAGUGUCUGUUGAGGAGCAGCCACCACGAUAGCUGUCGCAUCUGCCACAGUCAAGCCUGCAAUAACAGUCCGGGAAAGGAGCUAAGAGCGGCUUAUGAGUUGGAAACCAAGGCCAUGGCCCUGCUUAUGGCCAGAAGCUCCUCGCAGUCAUCACACAUCCUAAGAAUUACAGCUUUGCCUUUCAUUUGGUUGAUCUUUAGCAUUAUUAUUAUCUUGUAUCUGGCGAGUGACUAAAAAUAAAAUUAUAUAGCAGCAACCUUAAA